UAAAAUGGUCUAAUCGAAGCUUGCCGAAGCCACAGAUCGCAGUCAGAAUUUCGCGCGAGAUGAUCGUCAGUGACUUGAUCAACAUCGCAUUCUGAGUUCACGAUACUGGGGGACAGGAUAUACAUCAAAGAACUUUAGUGAAUAAGUAAUUCUUAGUAAACCUGAUUAGUUUAUCAAGUUACACAACCCCGGAUUUUUCACCUCCAGGAUUGGCAGAGAAAAAACAAAAAGUUGUGCAAUCGCCGUUAAGAAAAUAAUCAAACUGCUCCGAGUCGUCAAGAUGAAGAUCAUGCUACUCAUCCUUCUGAUGUGUUGUCUGACUGUCAUCUGCUGUUCCGAGAUGAUCGAAAUCAAGAGCGCAAUAGAAACGCGUCACCAAAACUCAUCCAAUCUACUAGACGAUGUGAUCCUUGGAAAGAAUCCCCCAAGUCUUGACUUUGGCAAAAUUCCCACCGACUCUGGUGACUUGAACCUGACCUUCGUUCCUUGGCCCAUCACUAGAAACACCCAAAACGAAAACCAAUCGUCAAAUUCUGAUGACUUGAGGCCCGUAGCGAGAAUCUCGAAAAGUCUUUACUCGUCUGCUGUUUUUCCCUCUGCAAGAUCUUCUGACGAGCACCAGAUUAUUCCUGUAAGGCAGUCAUCCUGGGAGGAAACUUCUCCGAUUAUCGCUAACAGAACAAACAAUUACAAUACGGGAACGUCCGCUAUCUCGCAACAAAAUUUAGACCAUAGAAGAACUCUGCGACGCGACAGAGAGCGAAGACGAAGGAACGAGGCGAUCAAUCAUCAGUACCCCAAUACAGGAUACGGUGAGAACCCGGAGGAUCUCGACGCGGACUAUGCACCCCAAGAAAAUCAUUAUUCUCCUUCAACGAGUUACGGAGCGGAUUACACCGACUCAUACUCACCAAGCUUUCCAGAUCAAGUAAUCGAUCACCUACACGGUCCAGAGAAGUACAGUUCUUUCUCCACUGGUUCGGGCUACAGGAGCAACAGAUACUACGAGAACAGCGAGGAGUCAUCCUCGUACCCCGGAAGUCGGGAGUCCUGGCAUCCUCAUCACCAUCAUCAUCAUCCGCGACCGCCAUUGGCCUACCAAAAAUUGCCCGCCUACUCUUCGUGCGACAAUCCAGGCCGCGGAGAACCGACUCCAUCCUUGAUCGGCUUGCUCUCAGCGAUCGGUUCCAACCUACUGAACCUCUUCAAAAUCGGCCUGGGCAGCAGCCUGUCGAUAGCGAUACCGCUGAUAGCCCUCAAGUUCUUCCUGAUCCCGUUGAAGAUCUUCAAGUUGAUUAAAAUCGCGAAAAUCCUGCUGAAACUCUUCUUCGUCGUACCGUUCAUCCUGCGAGUAUUCGCCCCGUCUAUUUACUCGGCAAUCACGCAUCACGGGGUUGGAUUUGCCGAGAGGAUUGCCGAGGUUCGGACGGAGGAGAGCAGAGACAUCUUCGAUCAACCCGGCGAUAAUUCCACCCACUGGAACGUCCUCGGAGUUAACUUGACCGAGGGCUUCUUGGCGGAAGCGACAAGUGCUCAAAAAUGCCCCAGCAGAGUCGCCUGCGAGUUGGGCUCGUAUUUGGCCAGCAGGAACAGGCUGCCUGAAAAUCUGAGCAGAUUUCUUCUUCACGCUAACGAUUCUGAGGCGGGCAAAGACUCCCGCAUUAACACCGGUACCGAGAAAAAGGAAAGGGAAGAAGUUACCAGCGUUUUUAUUACAGCCCUGAUCCAACGCUGGACUUACGAUCGAUGCAACGUUUAUGCUUGUGGAAUUUCUCUCUAACAAUGAUAAAAUGCGAUAGCGUCUCUAUGCUCGGUAUAAUUAUCUCAGCGAGAGAAACAUUAAUUGUUCUUAUACUUGUUGUAUACAUGGAGCAUUCCAUACCAAUUCAAUUAGGGUCUCACCCUCACGCCCUUAUAUUUGGUUCGCGAUUUUUUAUAUUGCUGUUCCAACUCUAAAAAGCAACCCAAAUUUUUUUCAGCUUCUUCUAGCCCCCCUGACGUCCCCAUUGGGCUUCAAAUCAUAAUAUUUUGACAGCGAUUGCGACGUUUUUUAAAAUUAUGAAUAAAAAUGGCAUACAUUCUGUAGUGUGAUAAAAAUUUCAAGAUGGUUGUUGUGUUAGGAA